AUGAGCAAGCUCGCCGCCGCCGGCGGGGGGCCGCCGGGCUGGGCGGACCUCCCGCGCGACCUCCUCGAGUCCGUCCUCGGCCGCCUCCCCGUGCCGGACCGCCUCCGCUUCCCCGCCGUCUGUACCGCGUGGCAGUCGGCCUCCGGCGCUCCUGGCAGCGCCGCGCCGCUGUCCCCGUGGCUCAUGCUCCCCUUCAACCCGACCGCGCGGCGGGGCGGCGGUGGCGGCGGCGACGCCAAGUUCUCGGAGGCGCGGUUCCUGAGCCUGGCGGAGGGCAGGGCGUACGCCAUCCGGCAGCCGGCGCCCGCCGCCUCGCACCGUCUCUGCGUCGGCUCGUCGCCCGACGGGUGGCUCGUCACCGCCGACGCCCGCUCGGAGCUGCAACUCCUGAACCCGGUCACCGGCGCGCAGGUCCAUCUGCCACCCGUCACCACGCUCCCGUUCGUCGACGCCAGCCGCGGCGCGGACGGCCGCGUCGCGAGCUACGACCUCCGGUGCUGCUUCACCGACGACGGCUGCGAACUGAUCCCGCCGGAGACGCUCGCGCCGGACAGGCUCCGGUACGAGGUCUACGAGAAGGCCGUCAUCGUGUCCGCGCCGCGGAGGGCUGCGCCGUCGGGGCCCUGGGGCGGCUACGCCGUGCUGCUCAUCUGCCAGCCCCUGUCCCGCCUCGCCGUCGCCCGGGCAGGGGACACGGAGUGGACUCUGCUCGACACGCCCGCGCGCUGCUGGGUCGACGCCGUUCGCGCGGCCAUCGCUGAUGGGCCGACGCAACGGCGAGCGGUGUACACGAUGGACGCCGCGGGGCGCGUCGAGGCGUGGGACAUGGACGCGACGCCGGCGGCGUCCAGGGAGAUCGCGCCGCCGUGCUGCUGCUCGGCACGCGCGUGCGCCAUGUCGGCGGCGUGCCGCAGGUACCUCGUGGAGCUCGCGCCGGGGCACCUGCUCCAGGUGCACCGGGUCCGCGGCGCGGCGCACGCGCGGUACACCUGGGAGCCUCUGCCGGAACGCGUCGAGUACACGACGACCAACGUCGAGCUCUUCGAGUGGAAGGCCGGCGCCGGCGCCGCCGCCGCUGAUGCAAGGGACCUUCCCCGGUGGACGCAGGUGGACUGCAAGAGCAGCAGCCGCGUCCUGGGCGGGCGCGCGCUGUUCCUGGGGAAGAGCACGUCGCUGUGCGUCCCGGUGGAUGGCGGCGGCUGCUGCCCCGGGCUGAGGGGCAACUGCGUGUACUUCACCGACGACGGGCCGUGGUCGCACGAGCGGUGCCACGAGGUGGCCCCGGACGUGGGCGUGCUGGACCUCGCCGACGGGAGCUACCGGCCGCCGCGCGGCGCGGCGCGGGACCUGAUCUGGAAGUGGCCGCCCCCGGUGUGGGUGUUCCCUUCGCUCGCCGACUGAUCGACGACGACCAGAUCCCAAUCUUGGAAGGUUCCAUGGCAAAUCCAUUUUCUAUCAGCUUCCGUCGGUUAGAUACUCUCAGGAACAGCGGCUGAGCUUGUCGUUGACCUGCUGCUACCUGUGUGCGUGCGUACAACUUGCUAGUCUGCUUGUAAAAAAAAAUGUUGAGUUGAAUAAGAAGGCGUGCGAGUGACAGAGGUCAACGUCUUGUUGACCUCGUGCAGCGACACGCUGCUGGCCGUUGAAAAGUCGGUCAAGCUCAUUUUGU